CCUUUCCCGGCGAGUUUGGGCCUUGAGGCCGGGAGAGAAGUGUUGACAGUGCUGGGCUGGCUGGCUCCGGUCGCGGACGCGGCGAGUUACACCGUUUUUCAAUCUGUCCGCGGACGCCGCCGCCCGAGACAAAGCCAGGAUGUUCGGGAUGCUGAGCAGCAGCUUUGAGGAUGACCCCUUCUUCUCUGAUUCUUUUAUCGCACACCGAGAGAGUAUGAGACAGAUGAUGAGAAAUUUUUCUGAACCUUUCGGAAGAGAUAUGUUCAGCAUCUCUGAUGGGAGACGAAGAGCUCGUAAUCAUACAGGACACGAGGAUGAGGAAAAUUCCCUGACUGCAAUGAGUUCUCUUUUGCCUUUCGGCAGUUUUGGUAAUAUGCGUACAGAUGUCAGCCCUUUUCAGGCAAUGGACCGAAUGAUGUUAAAUAUGCGAAACAGUAUGCAGGAAUUACAAAGAAACUUUGGUCACCUUUCAAUGGAUCCCAAUGGCCAUUCGUUCAGUUCUUCCUCAGUUAUGACUUAUUCCAAAGUCGGAGAUGAACCACCAAAGGUUUUCCAGGCCUCAACUCAAACUCGCAGGGCUCCAGGAGGAAUAAAGGAAACUAGAAGAGCAUUGAGAGAUUCUGAGAGUGGACUAGAAAAAAUGGCUGUUGGUCAUCAUCUCCAGGACAGAGCCCAUGUCAUUAAAAAGUCAAAGAACAACAAGACUGGAGAUGAAGAGCUCAAUCAGGAGUUCAUCAAUAUGAAUGAAAGUGAUGCUCAUGCUUUUGAUGAUGAGUGGCAAAAUGAGAUUCUGAAGUACAAACCAGGGCAAUGGCGCAACCUAGAAAACUCCAGGAUGCGAAGUGUUGGUCAUGAGAAUUCAAGAUCCCGAGAACUUAAAAGAAGGGAGAAACUUCUUCAAAGUCCAGCCAUUGAACAUGGAAGAAGAUCCAGUGUUUUUGAGGACAAACUCAACAUCAAAGGAUCACCUGUGAAAAUGAACAAAAAAUAAAUAGCAUCACAUUUGAUUUGUUUAGUUUUUGGUUGUUUUAGCAGAGAAAGUUAUGGUGCUAGGUCAUACACAUAAGACCAAUCUCCUUUUGUUCAAUCAACACUGUUCUUAGCAACUUUCUUCUGAUAAUCUGAAUGUUCUUGGAAGUGCUAACCUUUAUAUUGUCCCCACUUUGGGAAUAAAACUUUGAUUUUCAACAAUGUAAGCUGUUAAACAUUCUGUAACACUCUUAAAAAUGUACUCAUUUUUAAAGCUCACAUGCUGAUUUUGCUUUCACAGCUAUCUUCCUAUUCACUGUGUAUUCUUAUAUAUUCAAGAUUGAAUGAACUGCUAGUGCUCGUAUAAAAUUUGUUAUAGUAAGUAAAGUAUUACAGAAAAGUUUCAGGUCAUGGCUCAGCAGUAACUAACCAGACUAGCAUCCAUGAGGACGCAGAUUCCGUCCCUGGCCCUUCCUUGCUCAGUGGGUUAAGGAUCUGGUAUUCAUUGCCGUGAACUGUGGUGCAGGUCUCAGAUGCAGCUCGGAUCUGGCGUUGCUAUGGCUGUGGUGUAGGUCAGCAGCUAGAGUUCCAAUAUCUGACCCCUAGCCUGGGAACCUCCAUGUGCUGGGGUUGCAGCCCUAAAAAUACAAAUAUAUAUAUAUAGUUUCAAUUUUUGCUAACACUAAUUAUUUAGCUCAAAUUUUAUAAUGUGUUAUGCAGCUAGCUAGCUUAAAGAGUUUUUAAAAAGAGAGCAAACCCCUACUAGUACUCUUUUUGCAAAAAAAAUAAUUAUUUUGAUAAAGAACAUAAAUAAUAAUCAAAUAGUUUGCUUUCAAAGAGAUUUUAAAUGGCUAACAUACAUAAUUUUUCUUCUUAUAAUUUCUUUAUUUGGUGUAAUCUUUUUUGUUCUGUGUUACACUGUUAACAUUCAUCAGACUUUACAUUGACCUUUCUCUCUUUAACAUCUUAAGGUAGCAUAUUUCUGUUCUCUUUUCCCACAGACAGCAUAAUCUAUUUUCACAGUUAACAUUCUAAAGUUGGAGUGUCCUUGGAGAAACUCUGCUCAGCCUUUUUGUGACAUUUAGAAAAAUGCGUUUGGUAUUCUGCAAACCUAAAUGAUUGAUUGUCUCAAAAUUUCUUGGACAGGUGAUGUGUGUGUUUGAGCAAGGUACUUAAUAAUUCAGUUGUUCCCUUUUUAAUUAUACUACUUAAAAAUUCAGCUCUUAGCUUUUUUCAUUCUAGAAUUCAAGCAUUAAUCUGUUCUUGUAAAGUUAGUUUGAAGAUUAUGAGAAUAUGAAAUCUUAACUGUUAAGUUUUUGUUGUCUCAAUGGGAAAAAAAAGAACAAAAUCCACUCUCACUCUGUCGUCCUCGAAUCUUUCUUUUUAAACUUUGGAAGUAGUACUGUGUGAUGUAUUCUUCUAAUUUUCUAUAUCAUAUUCUGUUAAUUUUACUAGUCAGUCUUUCAUACCUUUAAUUAGACACUAAAAUAAGAUGCAUAUGUGUCAGUUCACAUUUAUAAUGGAAAGUAAUUGAGCACGCAUUAGUUGAAGAUGUUAAAAUUUUACCCUUAUGCAUAAUUUAGUAGACCAGUAACAUGCUGUUACAUGUUGUGAAGUUAUCAUAAGGCAUACAUUUUAAAUAACACUUUUGCAUAAAUUCACUGGAUAGAGCAAAGUCCAGUAGACGCUGUAAUUAGUCUUCUGUUGCCCAAAUUAUUACACCAAUGUUGACUUGAAUCAUUAUACUCAAAUAUGAAACAUACUUUAAUAAAUUAGAACUUCAAUGCAUCAUAUAAUAGAUUUUUGUAGAUGCUUUUCUCAUCUCAGUUUGUAUACCAUAGAAAUCAGAUUAAAAUGGAAUUAAAUAUGUAUUUCCUCCUAUACCAUAGUGCUUCCUAAGGAGCCGCUUAUCAAAUAUGUGACAUAUAGAGAUUAAAUGUCAAUUCUUUAUGUUCACAUGAAGAUGAAAUAAACUUUUUUCAGAAUUUA